UCGACAUUUCUCCAAGUCGAACAUCCCCGAACUGGAAUGGGACUUGGUGUUCGCUGUCUGUAUUGGACAAAGUUGAUUGUCGUGAUAGGGGCUUAAAUAUUAUCGUUUAUGGUUGCCAUGUUGUGGUUUGCGCGAAGUGUCCGGCAUAGUUACAUCGUCUUAGCAGCGGAGCCCCAAAGCGAUGGCCUGUGAUAAGUGCGGAGCCCCUCCGAGUCGACCGAUUGAAAGUGGCCUCGAAAUGUAUCGCUCGUUUUGACGCACGUGUGAUAUUUCGGUGUGUUUAGUGUGGCCCUCUUUGGAGCCCUGGUGGUCAGUAGAGCCCCAUAUCGCAGCCAGCCGGAUUAAGUGCGUGGUGAAACGCGAUUUAGACCUAUCCUUGUUAUUGUUUUGCUUGGUGUUUUUGACCCUUGUAUUACGUCCGUCGUGGUUCCCGGACCGACCCAUUAUUCGGCGCGACAGAGGGAAGGUGGGCAGUGCACCGAUCCGAGCCAAGCUUGGUCCGAUUUGACAUUUGCCGUGUUUACAUCCCGAAUGGCGGCAUGGACGAAAUGCAAAUAUGUUAGCUCGUCUUUCGCCCUCAUUGAAGUUGUCGAUUGAUGACAUCGGCCGUUUGGGCGCCGUUUAUUGUGGUCGGCGACCCGACGCUAUCAUCAGCUUUCUUUCGGGUGGAAUUGUGAACCGUCGUCGGCGUGAGGUUAGUGGCCCCAAAAAGCACGCGGGAUUGUUUACCUAGUGGAGUGAAAACCCUCCAUGCACCGAUAGGCAGUGGUUCUAACGGGGUGCUUCCGGUCUCCCGUUUUAUGGUUUCUUCUCCGUCAAUGGCGUGGCACAAGCACGACCACGUUAAUAUGGUCAUGGACAAAUACAAACCAAAAAUUCCGAUUUCAACAGCGAGUGGUGGUGAGUCGACGAGUCAGCAGCGGCGCCGCCAUGUGCCCCUCUAUGGGCGGCUGGUGUCUGACGACUCAUUGGGCAGCAGUAUGGCGGCCCCUUUGCCCACCGGCACCCCCUCAUCGACUGACAUCCAAGCCAUGCAGGCUCGAAUACCGAACACAUUCCGGGACCCAUCAGCGGCCCCCUUGCGGAAGCUCAGCGUCGAUCUGAUCAAAACGUACAAGCACAUAAAUGAGGUCUAUUAUGCGAAGAAGAAGCGACGAGCUGCCCAGAUACAGGGCGACGACACGUCGCACAAGAAAGAGCGCAAAAUCUACAAUGAUGGAUUCGAUGAUGAUAACCAUGACUAUAUCAUAAAGCACGGUGAAAAGUUCCUGGACAGAUAUGAGAUCGAUUCCCCCAUCGGCAAAGGGUCUUUUGGGCAAGUGGUGAAAGCCUACGACCAUGUGGAGCAGUGCAAUGUAGCCAUUAAGAUCAUCAAGAACAAGAAGCCAUUCCUCAACCAGGCCCAGAUCGAGGUCAAGUUGCUCGAGAUGAUGAACAGAGCGGACGCAGAGAACAAAUAUUACAUUGUGAAAUUGAAGCGACAUUUUAUGUGGCGGAACCACCUCUGUCUCGUAUUCGAACUGCUCUCGUACAACCUAUACGAUUUGCUGCGCAACACCAACUUCAGAGGCGUCUCACUGAACCUGACCAGGAAGUUUGCGCAGCAGCUCUGCACGGCGCUGCUUUUCCUGUCCACCCCCGAACUUAGUAUAAUUCAUUGUGAUUUGAAGCCCGAGAAUAUUUUGUUGUGCAAUGCGAAGCGAUCGGCGAUCAAAAUAGUCGAUUUUGGCAGCUCUUGUCAGUUGGGACAACGGAUUUACCAGUAUAUCCAAUCGCGAUUCUACCGAUCGCCCGAAGUGUUGCUGGGCAUCUCCUACGACUUAGCGAUCGACAUGUGGUCGCUCGGUUGCAUUCUGGUAGAAAUGCAUACGGGCGAACCACUGUUUAGCGGCUCGAACGAAGUCGACCAGAUGAACAAAAUCAUUGAGGUGCUGGGAAUGCCGCCGAAGCAUCUACUGGAUCAGGCGGGCAAAACGAGGAAGUUUUUCGAAAAAGUGCCCGGCGAUCGGAGGUAUAUUCUCAAGAAGACAAAGGACGGUAAAAAGUACAAAGCCCCUGGAACACGCCGGUUGCAAGAUAUCAUUGGCGUGGACAGUGGGGGCCCUGGAAGCAGACGAUCCGGCGAAGCCGGCCAUUCGCAAUCCGACUACCUAAAGUUCAAGGAUCUAAUUUCCCGCAUGCUCGACUACGACCCCCGGACGCGCAUUACCCCUUACUAUGCUCUUCAGCAUGGUUUCUUCAGACGCACCUCGGACGAGGGAACUAAUACGGGCGCGGCCGCUGCUGUAGCCAAUCACAGUGCCAGCAGCAGUCCUGCCGUCGUUGCCAUCGACUUGACCAACAGCCAGCAAGGGUUAAAUUUAGUCAGUCGAUCCCGAGAGUUGCUUUCGGGCCACCCGUAUCACUCCCAGCAGCAGCAGCAGCAGCAUCAAGCGCCACCCUCAUCGGCCUACACAGCCAUGGACUGCGACUCGUCCCCAUCGGUGGCACGGUCGCAACCGCACCUUCAUCGGGUUCAGCCCCAGCAAGUGCCCCAAAGGUAUCACUAGUGUAGCAGGCCGUCUUGAACCACGGCUCUGUGCCUCGGCUCGGAUUCGAGAGCAGUGCGGUCUUGGCAGACUCUGUGCUUGUGUUCUUCCGAGGGCCUCUGGCCGAAUUUGCAAUUAAAAGUGCCAUCGGGUUUGCUCUCGAGAGCCUGUUGCUCGCUGUUAGAGCCGCCCCUCUCGAUUUCAGGUGUAGUGAACCUCAACUAUCACCAAACCCAGAAAAUGGAUGGCUGAUAGUCGACGUCGAUCUACCACAUACAGACUGUUGAUGAGAGACAAAUCUGAUGUCAUUUGCAAAGGGAGAAGUGCAUGAAAAGUAUUGUGAUUAGUUGUUGGCCGAGUUAAAGUGGCUUACAUUGUUGAAUGGAACGAGUGGGCAAAUCAUUACUUGGAGUAAGUUGGCGAGUUUUAAGAUCUAAUUUACAACUAGUGUGUAACUGUAAUAUAUAGAACCACGUAUUCUAUACAGGGGGUUUCGAAUUGAGUGGGCUCUCCUCUUAUCUGUCUAUCACUUGAUUUGAAAUUGCCCACGUAAUUCGAAACUGUUUGUACGCGUUUGCCUAUACUUUUCGACAUUGACUGUACAAUUUAUUUGAAGUUGUCUGGUUUUGGGAGCUAAUAAUCAAGGUCAGAAUGCCCACGGCAACAACGAUUUGAGGGUUUUCUGCAUCUCAUUUGGCGUGAAAGUUCACCACCAAUGUACCAGCAUGUAAGUACAUUGGUGUUUGAACAGCGGAAAUAAUGUGGCAACUUCAAAGUAAUUGGCUCUGGUUUUCGUACCGUUUUUCUUUAUGUUUAGAAAGCAUCAUAUUUUGAUACAUUUUACAAAAUCAAGCCAACACAGAUACACAGAUAAGCAAGCAGUAUUAAGUUGCAGCUGGAAAUCGUGAAAUAAUUUGUCUACUACAGAAAUACCUCAGCAUUCAGAUUUGUAAAUAAUGAUAUUAAGAAAUAGUUUUGCGGCAAUCCUAUAUGAAUAACCAGGGCCAAAACUCUACCACUAGAGGACAAUGUGUUCAAUUGCAAUGCGAUGCAAACGGACCAGUUUGGGGGGCGUUCAGUGUAGUCUCGCUUCCGCACUAGGGGCUUGUCUCAAUCUAUAUACGAAGUCCUGCUCUGUCCAGCUCCAUUUUUUUUUCAUUUUUUUGUUACUUGUUUAGAGCCUCUUCAAAGUCACGCCACCCUCCAAACUGGCGCGUUUACGCGACAUACUUUACAUACUUUACCAAUGUAAGUCCAGAUUGUUAUAAUUUUAAGUAAAGUAAUUCUAAUGUAGGGGAUGUCACUUCGAUUUUGUACAUAUUGAUCCCUUCAGUAAGUCUUGUAAUUUGUUAUUUAUAAACACGUUUAAUUUAUUUCUUUUGCUUCAUAACAUGCAAUCGUUUCCCAGUCGCUGCGACCGAUGAGGUUUGUUAAUGACGUCGUACGAACAGUCCGUAAACUAGUAAAUACGAUAGUCUAAAUUUUACAUAAACCAUCAUCUAUAAAUUCCUACUUGCUCUUAAAUAAAUUUACAAUCGAA